ACAAUGUACAAACAAAAUGGCGGCUGGAAGUGAAGGGAAUUCGUUUGCUGUGAAAAUAUCAAGAAGAAAUGAAUUGCUGCGGCCUCAUGUUCCAAACUGGAAUGUAUUUUCGCUAAAUCACGACAUGUGAGAGCGGUAUGUCUGGCAGCGUUUCGACCAGAACGAGAACGGUACGCGCAACACAGCCAUUUUCACCGGAUGUAAAGCUUGGCGUCCGUUCCAACAAAAAGAAGCAUCGUAAAACUCAGCCCAAACUGAGGCCGUGCAUAAAAUGCAGCAAGUCAUCAAGGCUUCCUCACAAAUCACUAUGUGCUGUCUGCAUGGAGGUGUGUGCCGAUCCACAAUUCCAGGCAAAUGUAAAACAGACGCAACUAGAAGAGAAAAAACGUUACCUCGACGAAGCACAAGCAUUCGCGGCCGACUUAGCGAAGAGCAUCAAUAACCCUGCGGCCGAGCGGCUGUACUGUCCAGUGUUUAGGACGCCGCACGGCGGGUGUGGAUGUAUGCAGAAGUACCUAGUAGGAACAGACGAUGGCACUCAUAAUAGAGCCCGCAUAUUGCUACAGUUGCUUCAAGAAGCAAAGAGACUCGCUCAGCAGAAAUGUUACAACUGGAGUGACGCCAAGUGUCGCCGAGGUGGCCAGUCUGUCGGACUGGGCAACGGUCAGAAACGUAGCAGCUCUUUUGAGCUGUUUGUCGCGGAACAUCGCCCUCGGUUGAGGGAUCUACAGCUGUGCGAGCGUGCCACACAGAGGGUGCUCUUCUACUCAAACAACUUCUUACAUCGGGUGCUUAAAACAGAGCCAAAUAAGGGGCAGCGUAUACAGCGUACGAAGGGCAAAGCAGCUCUUGGUCUACUUCAACCCAUAGAGGAGCUGCCAUCGGAAGCUUGCUGCCGCCGCCGUUGCACCGCAUUGGCGCGACAGUACAGAACUCUUGUCCAGCAGUGGAGAGAUCGCUCACAAAUGGGACAGAUGGAGACCCGCAGAGUUUUAGCCGAAAUGCUCACGCCUUGCGCGGCUACAGCUACGAACUGCUACAAAUUCAUCUCCUGGGUGACUGGAUGCAGCUUCACCACAAUAUCCAGAGUCAGUCGUCAAAUGCAGGAAACCGGGGGUGACAGGGAUCCACCAGAGCAUGGACUGAAAAAGUUGUUUCAGUCAAAAAACCUUCCUGAGGAGGGCGAUGAGCAAACCUCUACGCUGCAUGACAUUACAUGAUGUCAUCACCUAUCAGCAGUGUCCCAUCUCGGACUGAAAAUUUGGCAGUGUCGCGUAAUAUUAAUGUGCUAACGAUUAACAGGGAAACUUACAGCAAAAGCAGCUACCAUCAACACAUGUGUGGUUGACAGUAUUAAACAUUUGAGUGUUUAUUUUCGGUAAAAUAAUGAGUAUUUGUUUCA